AUGGUGGGAAAGGAGGAGAGCAGAUGUUCCCCCUCAGGGCGAGCCACAAAGUCUCUGAAACAGCAGAGGAGAGGAGAGCAUGAGGGGGAUUACAAACAGAGCAUCAAAAUCUACGGCGUUGUGCCUUUAAACAUCAGAGCUCGCAGCGCAGCAGGGCAUGGCCACGCACCUGCUCCGAGCGCACGGAGCCAUUUCCAGGCGGACUUUUCUUUACCAGACUUUCUGCUUCCAUGUGGCUCCUUUACAGCCUCUGAAUCCGGAGAUGUCUACACGACAAAGUCGACAAGUCCCGUCGUGAUCGCGGAGGCGGGCGUCUCGACUGCUGUUCUGUGGUCUAGACUGCUGGUUGUGAGGAUGUUGGAUGUCAGGAUGUUGCAGAUUAGAUGGUGUUUGUGGGCUCCACUGCUGUUACUGGUGCUGGUUUCCCAUUUUCCCAGCAAGGCACAGGGUCAAGUUCCAAGUCCGAGGAGACUGCGGUUUAAAGUACUGAGCUCGAGCAAACUCCUUGUUUCAUGGAAGGAGCCCAAAGGAGACUUUGACAGCUAUCUCUUCCUGUACAACAGUAUACCAGGUGGUCAGCAGAGGGAGAUCAUAGUUUCUAAAUCUGACACCAAAGUGGUGAUAAAAGACUAUGACUCUUCUAAGGACUACAUCGUCAGCGUCAUCUCUGUUAGUGGCAGUGAGCAGAGCAGGCCGCUCCAGGGCAGACACAAAGCUGAAAAUGGUGAGAGUGACGGAGGAGACAGGACUGAGCCCCAGAGGCUGACUGAAUCCGCUGCACCUUCUGAGGAUGCCAAUGAAAUCUCUGGAGUUGACCAAUUUGUGUGUCGCACUGAGGCCAUUGCAGACAUCGUUAUCCUGGUGGACGGCUCCUGGAGUAUCGGUCGCCUCAACUUCCGUCUGGUCCGCAUGUUCUUGGAAAACCUGGUCAAUGCCUUUGAUGUUGGCAUAGAUAAGACGAGGAUAGGUCUGGUACAGUACAGUGGAGAUCCCAGAAUAGAGUGGCAUUUGAAUGCUUUUUCCACCAAAGAUGCUGUUAUUGAUGCUGUCAAGAAUCUGCCCUACAAAGGAGGAAACACCCUCACAGGUCUAGCCCUGACUUACAUCUUUGAAAACUGCUUCAAGGCUGAAUCUGGCUCACGGGUUGGGAUUCCCAAGAUCGGAAUCCUCAUUACAGAUGGGAAGUCCCAGGACGACGUCAUCCCUCCUGCAGAGCGCCUCAGAAAUGCUGGAGUUGAGCUUUUUGCCAUUGGCGUGAAGAAUGCUGAUGAGAAUGAAUUGCGCUCCAUCGCCUCAGAGCCUCACAACACUCAUGUCUACAACGUGGCUGACUUCAAUGUCAUGAGCUCCAUUGUGGAGGGGCUGACCAAACGAGUGUGUGAACAAGUGGUGCAACAAGACAAGGACAUCAAGCAGAAUCAAGUACCAGAGAUUAUGGGACCACCUCUUGAUCUGGUGACAUCAGAGGUGAUGGCAAGAAGUUUUCGGGUGUCAUGGAGCCAUGCCCCUGGAAAUGUGGAGAAAUACAGAGUGGUUUACUACCCUGCUCAGGGAGGAGAACCACAGGAGGCGGUGGUGGACGGUAGUGAAACUUCAGUGGUGUUAGAGCAUCUCAGCUCUCUCACAGAAUACCAGCUGGCUGUGUUUGCUGUUUAUGCAGACGAGGCAAGUGAAGCUCUGAGAGGAUCAGAAACAACCCUAGCCCUACCCACAGUGACAGGCCUGCAGCUGUUUGAUGUGACUCACAGCUCCAUGAAAGCGAGGUGGGAUAGAGUGGACGGAAUCUCUGGCUACAUGCUGCUGUAUGCACCGCUCACAGAGGGGGGAGAGCUAGAUGAGAAGGAGAUCAAAGUAUCAGAUGCAGUGACAGAGCUGGAGCUCGAUGGGCUGAUCCCUCACACUGAAUACACUGUUACUGUCUAUGCUAUGUAUGGAGAGGAGGCUGGCGACCCCAUUACAAACCAGGAAACUACAUUGCCACUGAGCCCACCUCGAAACCUUCAGCUGUCUGACAUCACUCACAACUCCGCUCACCUCAGCUGGGACCCUGUGCCCACCGAAGUUAAAGGCUACCGUGUUCUGUGGAUCAAGACAGAUGGACUAGUUGAGAAGGAGGCCGAGGUGUCUUCAGGGACCACUUUUGACCUGUCUGGUUUGACGUCUUUCACGGAGUACUCAGUGGCUGUGUUUGCCUUGUAUGAUGAAGGCCAAUCAGAGCCACUCACAGAUGGAUUCACAACCACUCCUGUUCCCGGUCCUUUGAACCUGCGCUCCAGUGAUGUCGACACAGACAGCUUCCAGGUCAGCUGGGAUCACUCAGCCAGUGACAUCGUCCUCUACAGACUCUCGUGGGCACCAUUCACUGGCGGAGACACAAAGGAGGUAAUCUUGAGUGCAGCUGAUAACAGAUACAUCCUGAGUGGUCUAAGUCCCUCCACUGAGUAUGAGGUUAUGUUGACGGCUGUAUUCAAUGAUGAAUCUGAGAGUGACACUGUCUCUGUCAUAGAGACCACAAUGGCUGAGACAACAACAGCUACCACAACCAUGGUGACACGUCAGGCUGUGACAAACCUUCGACUGAGUGACGAGACCACCCAGAGCUUGGAGGCAUCAUGGGAACAUGAAGACCCCCAUGUGAGGAGCUACAGGGUGUCGUUUGUUGGCCUCAGCGGUGACCAAAAAGAGACAUCUAUGUUAAUUCCUGGAGGUCAGAGAGCAGCAUCGGUUCAGUCUUUACUGUCAGACACGCAGUACAAAGUCACAGUCACACCGCUGUAUUAUGAUGGACAAGAAGGCAUCAGCGUUUCUGCCCUGGGGGCCACAUUGCCCCUCUCGUCCCCUGAAAACCUUCGUGUGUCAGAAGAGUGGUACAACCGCUUCAGAGUGAUCUGGGAUCCUCCUCAGUCUCCCCCAGUGGGUUACAGGAUUGUCUAUCAGCCUGUUUAUGUACCAGGACAAGUUCUGGAGACAACAGUGGGUGAAAAUGUAAACUCCAUCAUGCUUCCAAACCUACUGAGUGGAACCGAGUACAGUGUCCAAGUGACGGCCUCUUACCCUACAGGACAAAGUGAACCACUGCUGGUGAAUGCUAAGACAUUGUUCCUUGGAGUCUCUGGCUUGUCAACAUACCAGAUUCGGCCAAACAGCAUGUGCAUCCAGUGGCAGCCUCUUCUACAUGCCACAUCAUACAGAGUCUCCAUACAGUCUACACUCAAUAGUCAGAAGCAGGAACUGAGGCUUGGAGGUGGUACUUCCCGACAGUGUUUCUACGACCUCACUCCCAGCAGCCAAUACCAGAUCAGCAUUCACACCCAGCUGCAGGAGAUGGAAGGACCUCCUGUCUCUGUCACAGAUAUGACACUGCCAGCACCCACCCAAGCUCCAACAGAACCCCCGACCACAGAGCCGCCCCCCACCAUCCCGCCUGCCAAAGAAGUUUGUAAGGAAGCCAAGGCUGACCUGGCAUUCCUGGUAGAUGGAUCCUGGUCCAUUGGAGAUGACAACUUCAUGAAGAUCACACGUUUUCUCUACAGUACGAUGGGGUCACUGGAUCUGAUUGGACCGGACGGCACCCAGGUAGCCAUUGCUCAGUUCAGUGAUGAUGCUCGGACCGAGUUCCAGCUAAGUUCCCAUGGCAACAAGGAGGAGCUGCUGGAAGCCAUACAGAAGAUCAGAUACAAGGGAGGAAACACCAAAACAGGUCGAGCCAUCAAACAUGUGAAGGAGACGAUUUUCACCCCAGAGGCCGGAGCUAGAAGAGGGGUUCCUAAAGUCCUGGUUGUUCUCACUGAUGGACGCUCACAGGAUGAUGUCAACAAAGUGUCCAAGGAGAUGCAGAUGGAUGGCUAUAUCAUCUUUGCCAUUGGCUUUGCGGACGCUGACUAUGGAGAGCUGGUGAAUAUUGCCAGUAAGCCGAGUGACAGACACGUCUUCUUUGUAGACGAUUUGGAUGCUGUGAAGAAAAUAGAAGAGCAGCUCAUUACAUUUGUCUGUGAGGCUGCAACUGCAACUUGUCCCUCUGUCUUGAUGAGUGGUAACACAUUGGCAGGCUUCCGUAUGAUGGAGAAGUUUGGCCUAGUGGAGAAAGAGUACAGCACCAUACCAGGAGUUUCUCUGGAGCCCGGUUCAUUCAACAGCUUUCCCUGUUACAGAUUACACCGAGAUGCCCUGGUGUCACAGCCCACCAAGUACCUUCACCCUGAAGGGCUACCCUCUGACUACACGAUAUCUAUGAUGCUUCGUCUACUACCUGAGACCCCACAGGAGCCCUUUGCACUGUGGGAAAUUUUGGACAAAGAAAAUGAGCCACUGGUGGGACUGAUCCUGGACAACUCUGGAAAGACCUUGACGUUCUUCAACAAUGACUACAAAGGCGACUUUCAGACCGUCACCUUCGAUGGAACUGGAAUAAAAAAAAUCUUCCAUGGCAGCUUCCACAAGCUCCAUGUGACUGUCAGCAAGACAUCUGUGAAAGUGGUGUUGGAUUGUUCUGUGGCUGGGGAGAAGCCCAUCAAUGCUGCUGGAAACAUCACCACUGACGGAGUAGAGAUCCUUGGGCGGAUGGUUCGGUCCCGAGGCAGACGGGACAACUCUGCUCCAUUCCAGCUCCAGAUGUUCGACAUCAUCUGCAGUACCUCUUGGGCCAGCAGAGAUAAGUGCUGCGAGCUGCCAGCAUUGAGAGUGGAAGAGCAGUGCCCUCCUAUGCCUCAUGCCUGCACCUGCUCCCAGGACAGCAAAGGACCUCCAGGACCCUCUGGACCUCCUGGCGGUCCAGGCAUAAGAGGAGCCCGAGGAGACAGAGGAGAGCCAGGACUGACGGGACCUCAGGGGCCAAUGGGUGAGAUUGGCCCUCCUGGACCUGCAGGACCACCUGGUCCUCAGGGACCCAAUGGUCUCUCCAUUCAGGGGCCUCCGGGAGCUGCUGGAGAGAAAGGAGAGCGAGGGGAGAUUGGACCAGCCGGACCACUGGGUGCUCCUGGAGGCCAGGGCUCACCCGGAAGAGACGGUCCCCCUGGACCAAGGGGUCUGCCAGGUAAUAAUGGACCACAGGGACAACAAGGUCCUCCUGGACCUGUGGGAGCCCCUGGAGCACCAGGAGCUCCAGGACCUGGUGGCUCAGCAGGGUCCCCAGGAGAUCAAGGACUUCCUGGUCCUGCUGGUGCCAAAGGAGAUAAGGGAGAAAGAGGGGACGUGCAAUCCCAAGCUGCUGUGCGUGCCAUUGCACGACAAGUGUGUGAGCAGCUAAUUCAAAGCCACUUGUCUCGCUAUAACUCCAUAUUGAACCAGAUACCUGUACAGUCAGCUGUGUCAGUCAGAACUGUACCCGGACCACCUGGAGAGCCAGGAAGGCGAGGCCCCCCAGGACCCCAGGGAGAGCAAGGCCCACCAGGCAGGCCAGGCUUCCCAGGUACCAGCGGCCAGAAUGGACGACCGGGAGAGAGAGGUCUGCCUGGAGAGAAGGGAGAGAGGGGGAGUACAGGUGUUGGGACUCAGGGUCCUCGAGGACCACCUGGACCUCCAGGUCUGCCUGGUGAAGGACGGACAGGAAGUCAGGGACCUCCUGGUAGACCUGGCAGCCCGGGGACACCUGGGCGGUCAGGUAAUCCAGGUAGCACAGGACCAGCUGGCCCAGCAGGAUAUUGUGACCCGAACUCAUGUAUGGGGUACAAUGUCGGAGUCCAACCCCUCCCUCACGGCGGCUACCAGUCCUACCCACCCUACAACCAGCCCUACAACCCCGCUGCAGUGGCUUACAACAACGACCAAGAAGCUGAAGAUGAGGAGGAGGGAGAGGAGGAGCAGGACCCCUACUACCGUGGCUAUCCCCCUCGGUACUACCCACAACCGCCCUCCCCACAGGCUCAUGGCUACCACUCGAGCCCCAACAACUCUGAGGACAUGGAGGUUAGGUCACCGGGCGUCUCCAGGAGGUUUCCUCGUGACAUUGAAGUCAUGGAGGAGUAAGGAGGCAGGAUUUUAAAGAAAGGAUGGACUCACCUAAAGUGCUUGAGCAUUGCACGCUACAACAAACACACACAAACAUGGAAACAAUCAGACACUGUCAUGAACGUACACAUCAACCCUUUCCAUCCUGAAACUGUGGUGAGAUCCCCCACUCCCCUGUGUGUCCGGUGGUUUGUCCCACCAGAUGCAAAGAUGUAAAUAGCUCUGUGGACUCUUGUACCAUAUUUCUGUCAAAGGGGGGU